AAAAAUGGAUGACAGAGAUUUUGAUGUUGACUUGCCCGAUGAAGUUAUUUAUUUUCUGCGUUAUUUUAAAGAAAUGAUUGAAGAACAGAGUGUGACAGAAAUUUUGGGAUUAUAUGAACAUGGAUUUACAGAAUUGACUGAAAAAUUUUUUAGCGAAAAAAUGUGGCCGGAAGACAAAAUUGUUGAGAAAAUUGUUGGGACAGAUAAUGACCUGUUCAUUAUUCUCUAUAAAGAACUUUAUUAUCGAGAUUUGUAUACAAGAAUGCAAAGAGGCCCUUCGCUUAUUCAUCGUUAUGAAAGUUAUAUGAAUUAUUCUAAACUUUUUUCUGAAAUUUUGAGAACUAAGGAGGUUAAUGAUAAAACUGUGCCUAAUGAACCUGUAGCUUUACAAUUGCCGAAUAUUUGGCUUUGGGACAUUAUUGAUGAAUUUGUUUACCAAUUUCAAGCAUUUUGUCUUUACAAAGCAAAUCCAUCGAAACGUAGUGCUGAAGAAAUUGAAGAUUUGAUUGAAUUGGAACAAACACAAAAUGCCUGGAAUAUUUACCCAGUUUUGAAUAUUCUCUAUUCGUUGCUUACAAAGUCUCAAAUUAAUGAACAAUUGAAGGCUAUUCGUGAAGGAGGCAAUCCUGAUGAUGUUGCUGACGAGUUUGGUCGAAGUCUUCUACGUACUCAUGUUCUUUUGGGUGAUUAUCACCAAGCACUCCAAACUGUUGAAUAUUUGGAUAUGGAUCCAAAGGGUCUUCAUAAUCAAGUCCCUUCUUGUCUUGUUACUCUUCAUUAUUUUGUUGGGUUUUCUCAUAUGAUGAUGCGUAAUUAUGCAGAGGCAACUAAAAUUUUUAUUAAUUGCCUUCUAUAUAUUCAACGUACACAAAAUAUGCAACAACAACAGCAACAACAAAACCAACAAAGAAAUAAAGCUGGGAAGUAUGAUGUGAUUGGAAAAACAAACGAACAACUUUAUCAUUUACUUACAAUUUGUUUGACACUUCAACCACAACGUAUUGAUGAUUCUAUUCAGACACAAUUGCAAGAUAAAUUUAGUGAGAGAAUGUUUAGAAUGGCUAAUGGUGAUAUUGAUGAAUUUCGAUCAGCUUUUCAACAAGGGUGCCCAAAAUUUCUGUCCCCAACAACUGUGGUCUAUGAAGGGGCUAAUAUUGCUAAAGAGCCUCUAAUUCGUCAAUGCGCCGCAUUUUUGGAAGGCAUAGAAAGUCAAAUUAGUUUACCAAUUUUGCGUGGUUAUUUAAAACUUUAUACAACUCUUCCAAUUCAAAAAUUGGCUAGUUUUAUGGAUGUUCCAGAACACGAAAUGGAUACAUUUACUAGUAAAUUGUUGACAUAUAAAAUGAUUGUAGCUGAAUUGGGUAAAGAGACUAUAGAUAGAAAUGAUACAACAAAUGAUGAUUUUACUGAUUUGGACUUUUAUGUGGACAAAGAUAUGAUUAUGAUUGCCGAUACAAAAGUUGCGCGCCGCGUUGGAGAAUACUUUAUUAAGCAAAUUAUUAAUCUUCAAAAGCGUAGACUCGCAAUUAAUGACAAAACCAAGGAAAGUUGGUGGUUAUCGAAAACCAAAUCAAAAAUCAAUUCUCGAAUAUUUAAACAAUGGCCGGAAAUUAAAAUUGAAGAAGUUUUGCCUUCCAAAUUAGUUGAGAAUGAUGAAGCGGUUAAAACUAUUAGCGAUAAAAGUUUGUGGGGACGUUUACUUAAAGAGUUGCCAGAGGGAACGCCUGUUUAGUAAAAAGUUUUUUGAUGAAAAUUUAAUUAUAUUAGAGAUUUAUGAUUAUGAAAGUUAUUUUUUUCGCUAUUUUCUUUUAAUAUUGUUUGGAUUUUUUGCUUUAAAUAUUAUUUAUUUUAAUAUUAUAUUGUCUUGUAAUGUGUUCUUGUCGCGGCAGAAGAUAAAUGUAUAUUUGUAGUAAGGCUGAUUUGCAUACUACCCCUAUUAUUUCAUUUAACUUUACAUUUAAGAAUUGAAUUGUCCUCGUCUUUAACUUUAUCUUA